CCUCUAUUUCUUUUUACACUAGAAUGCUCUCUCUAGUUCCGUUCCCUGCUCUCUCUCUACAAAUUCACUUUCGUUUCAAAUUUAAAGCAACAUUACAUACAUUCUGUAUCUCUCGGAGCGCACAAAAUGGAAGAGUUUUUGCAGAACAUGAAGACUUUGCGCUAUCAAAUGAACGAUGUUGAGGAUCAAGCGGCAAAAAUCUCCGUGGAAGAGCAAAAGCUGAUUACUACAAUCGACACUCUCCGAAAAGACCUUGAUUCAGCGAAAUCUGAAACCAAGCGGCUUAAAGAGGACACUGACCUGAUGGUCAAGGAAAAGGGUGAGAUUUGCUCACAGAUUUUGCUUAAGCAGCGAAAAUUAAAUGAAAUGGAAUUGGAUUCACAAUCUCUUAGCCAGACAAUGACACUUAUUCUACAAGAACAAGCAAACUUGUCAGCAAAACUUGAUGAAAAGAGGACCUACUACAGAGAAGUUGAUGAAGAUUUAACCACCAAAUUUCAAAAACUACAGGACUGGAUCAGUGCCUGUAAACCUAGCUUGAAGGUAGGAGAAAGGUUGCUGGUCAAGGAUGGCAUAAAUGAAGAAGCUGGUAAAGCAGCAUUCAUAGAUGGCAAUUCUAAUGUCGGGAGCUAUCUCAUCACAGACAAUUUGGAUAGCCCAGAGAAGAACCUGAUGGAAAAUAUAGAUGCUGCUAAAACUAAGUUUGAUUCAUUGACACAGAUGAAGUCUGAGCUUGUUUCAGAGGGCAGUAAGGUGAAUCAAUCUAUCGAGUUGAUGAAGAGUAGAAUGAGAGAGUAUAAGCCGGAACUCAAGGAAAUGGAUACAAAGAACCUUAAAGAUGAGAUUGAAGCGCUGUUGUCUGACAAAGCUGGAGAAAAUGAGUAUUUGCAGUCUCUGCAGAAUCAGAUUGAGAUGUUGAAGCAGGAAAUUUCGAACAUGGUUAAAUGUGUUUGCGGAAUGGAAUAUAAGGUAGAACUUGGUUGUGCACAAUGAAACUCACGGAAGAUGCUUGAAAAUUGAAUAUGUGGGGUUCUGGCUUCAUAACUCAGUGUGCACAUUUGAGAAACACCUUACAUCAUUCUAAGUUGGAAGGUAAACACAUCUAGUGAUAUAUAUUCCUUUAAAUUGUAUGACUUAAUAUGCUGGGACAGGUAUACUAUCUGAUAUGGUAGAAGUUGAAGUGUACUAUCAUAUGAUUCAUAACAGUAAGCUGGUCUUAUGGUGGUAAUAUAAAAUACAUGUGCUAAAAUAGUAAAUAAUUAUGAAAGCCUUUGUGUUGGUCUUUAAACUUCACCGGAAGUAUUGAUCAUAGUGUUCAUCAAACUAUCAAAGUAGUAUUUUGAUGCCUGUUAUUUACAUAAAGAUCGAAGUUAUAAGUAGCUUUUCAGCAGACCUGAUUACCUACGUAUACAAAGUAAAUUCUGAAUUCUGAUGUUUUUGGUGAAAUCAUAUAGUUCCUUCUAUUUAAUGUAUCGAUUAUAAGCUUCCACCACAUCCCUCCUCCCUGAAAUUAAUUACAGAAAUGCAAUAGAAGAGAAAAGAA